UCCGGAAUCUGAGCGCGCUCGUUGCUACGGACGCUAGGCUCGUCGCUCGGAGGAACGACGAUAACUACUUCCAGACGGAUUCUGAGGAGGACGUGAUCUUUGUUUAUGAAAAGUCUGCACCUAAGUCCCGGGAGAUUACUAUUGACCAGGCAAAGCGACUGGCCCUGCAAAGAGACAUUGAUCAGGAGUCCCUGCCCAGGCAGCCAGUCAAACCCUUGACAAGCCAGAGGUCUGUUGCUGUGGAGAGGCCAGUGGAAAGGGUGAAAAUAAAGAUGCAGGCAGAAAAGAGUGAGGAGAAUCACAUAAAGAAAGAGAGGAAACACAAGAAAGGACGAGCUUCUGUGCCUGAAAACAAAAACUGUACAGUUGAUGAUGGGAGCCUAGCAGAGGUGAGAAAAGAAAAGAAGAAAAGCAAAAAAGUUGAGAUGGUGGUUAUAGAAGAGGAGUCGUGGAAUGGAGAUGGUGAAAAGGAGGAAAAGAAGAAAAAGAAGAAGAGGAAAAUUGUUAAUGAAUCUCUGAAUGAUGCCAGUGGUUCUGAUGCCAUGGAGUCGGCAAAUGAUGGAGGAGUAAGCAAAAAGAAGAUGAAGCAGCAGCAGGUGGCUGAUGAAAUGAAUCAAGAGGAAAUUGCACAGAGUUCAGCAAAAGAAGAAGUAGAAAAGAAACAAAGGAAGGAGAAGAAAGUAAAGAAUAAGACUGUAAAAAUGAAAGCUGAAAAUGUAAAGAUACAGAUAGAAGAGGAAGAAGUAAAGCAAGCUGGAAAGGAUAAAGUGCCAAAGAAAGCCAAGAACGGAAAAAACAAAAUAGCUAUAAACACAGAGGAGACAGAAGAGCAAAGUAAAGAAAAGAAAAAGAAGAAAAAGAAAUCCCCUAAGGAAGAAACAACUGUAGAUAUGGAUGGAAUAUCUAUAACAAAAAAGAAACCAACAGUGGGUGAGAAGGGAGUGAAGUUAGAAACACCAGAGGGAGAGACUGAGGUUGAGGAGAUACAAAUGAAAAAGAAGACAAAGAAAGGGGCAAAAACUAAGGAAGAUGAAAAUGGAGUAGAAACACCUGAGAUCAAAGACAACAAUAAAAGGAGCAAAGCAACAGGCAAGAAGUUGAAUAAAGACAAUAUUCUGAACAAGAGUGAGAUUGUUAUCAUAGAGGAAGGGAAGACAGAGCAAAGGAAAAAAGGGAAAAAAGAAAAUUGUAGAAAAGCUUCUGUGGAGGUCAGCGAAGUAGAGGAGACAGAACCAAAAAAAAAGAAGAGGAAAAAGGAAAACCCAAAAAGAAGUGAAGAGCCAUUGUUAAUCAAAUGUGAAGAAAAUGGAGAGGACGGGCAGAGUAGGGAAACUCCUGUCACAGUGGCAGAUGACAAAUCAAGCAAGAAAAGCAAAAAGAAGAAGAGCUCUGUUCAGGUGAAACAGGCGGAGGGCGAUGUUAGAGUUGAAACUGGUGCAAAUAAGAAGAAGAAAAAGAUCAAAGAAGAGGUGGAAGACAAACAGGAGUCUCCCCAGGUGGAUGUGGUGUUUCUGUCAGAGAAGAGUGGAAACACUGAUGAGAUCUCCAUCAACCAGGAGAGAAGACAAGCUCUACAAAUGGAGAUUGACAAGGCCUCUCAACCUGUAAAACCAGCUAAACCUUCGGGUUUGGGUCAGUGGGGCACCGCCCAGUUCGACAGCUCAGAACGGCAGCAGAAGUUCCUCCGCUUGAUGGGCGGCUUCAAAAAGGGUUUCCAGCCCGCUGGGGCAGGCAGUGGAGGAGCAAAUAUGGCAAUGGGGAAAGACGCACAACAGCAGUUACAGCAAGGCCUUCAGGGAGAGUUUGAGCGUGCACACUCACGCAGAAUGGAUUUCGGUAACAGGGGGGCAGGACUUGGGUUUACUGCACCUUCCAAUAAGAAGUUCUCUAUCGACAUCAAUGCACGUCAAUCCGUCCGCUUUGAUGACUGAUCAAAGUUUGAUCAAAAAUUGUAUUUUUUUUUUCCAAAUGUGUAGUUUUGUCAAUUCAUACACUGAGCUUUUUGCCCAGUUUUCACUGGAGAAUCUUAAAAUUUGUACAUAAAUGAAUAUUAGACGAUGAACAGACAACACAAAAUGCCAUUUGUACAUACUGUAUAUUAAACAUCCUGCUGCCCGAGGAACUGGGCUGUUUUAAUGUAAAAGAACCAGUUUGCUGUGAUUUCAAAUGGGUCACUGUUUACAUUCUAAUGGUGUAAAAUAUUGUUCUCCUAAUUUCAUUUUUUCUCCGUUGAAGACGUUCCAAAGUAAGAAUUUUUCACCCUGUUAAUUACUUUAUUCUUACAAUGUCAAAAAGUGACUGCAAAAACUAUGCAGUGUUAGAUGACACACUGGUUUUACCCGUUGCUGUCGUGACCGGAUGGAUAGUAAGGACGUUACGUAAUACGUAGAGAGAAAGAAUGAGCAGUGUUUCUGUGUUUGAGGUGAUCGUAAGGUGACUGUCCUGUCAGUCGAGUAAAUGUGAGCAUCUUUGUUCACAUUACUGAGUAAAAUGAAUGGCUAAAAAUCACCUUUUUCACUAGUUU